UGGCUCCUCCUGCUACGGAGAGAGACAGAGCUGGCACAGAGCAGUGAAACGGGGGUUAGCCGAAAUACCACGGAGCAGAGUGAAAAAAUAAGCAAUUACAUCCCAGAGUCGGGUGAUUUUAGCUUGUAUCGGUGGGGUUAUUCGGGGGAAAGGUCGUCUGGGUGGCUGUUCCAGUCGAGGGGCUACGUUUGAUCAGUGGGUAGUCGAGGAUAGCGGCGUAUAUUUCGACAACCAACUCCCCAGAUGAACUCCCUCAGAGCCACCAACAGGAGACCCAGGCGAGUAUCGAGGCCGCGCCCGGUGCAGCCCGAACGAAUCAACGCGGAUAGAGAUGAGGAGGCUCCUGCAGCCGCUGCAGCAGAAAUGGCUAUUGAGGAGUCCGGCCCAGGUGCUCAGAACAGUCCCUACCAGCUUCGACGCAAGACCCUGCUUCCCAAGAGAACCACCGCUGCCUCUGCCACCGCCUCUGCCUGCCCCAGCAAGGGCCCGAUGGAGGGAGCUUCCACUUCAUCAACAGACGCCUUCGGUCAUCGAGCCAAGCGGGCACGAGUGUCCGGUAAGACCCACGACCUUCCAGCAGCCCCAGCAGAACAAUAUCUGCAACAGAAGCUUCCAGAUGAGGUUGUUUUGAAGAUUUUCUCUUACUUGCUGGAGCAGGACCUUUGCCAGGCAGCCUGUGUGUGCAAGAGAUUCAGCCAGUUGGCAAACGAUCCCAUCCUAUGGAAACGGCUAUACAUGGAGGUUUUUGAGUAUACACGUCCCAUGAUGCAUCCUGAGCCAGGCAGGUUUUACCAGGUUAGCCCUGAAGAACACGAGCAUCCAAACCCCUGGAAAGAGAGCUUCCAGCAGCUGUACAAAGGUGCACAUGUAAAGCCAGGCUUUGCUGAACAUUUCUACAGUAACCCUGGCAGAUACAAAGGCAGAGAGAACAUGUUGUAUUAUGACACCAUUGAGGACGCGCUCGGAGGUGUUCAAGAAGCCCACUUUGACGGUCUUAUCUUUGUUCAUUCUGGGAUCUAUACAGAUGAGUGGAUUUAUAUAGAGUCUCCCAUCACCAUGAUCGGUGCAGCACCUGGUAAAGUAGCAGACAAGGUUGUCAUAGAGAAUACUAGAGAUUCAACAUUCGUCUUCAUGGAGGGAUCAGAAGAUGCGUAUGUGGGAUACAUGACGAUUAAGUUUAAUCCAGAUGAUAAAUCAGCGCAGCAUCACAACGCCCACCACUGUUUGGAGAUUACAGUCAACUGCAGCCCCAACAUCGACCACUGCAUUAUCCGCUCUACAUGCACAGUGGGUUCAGCUGUGUGUGUGAGCGGACAAGGUGCCUGUCCGACCAUCAAACACUGCAACAUCAGUGACUGUGAGAACGUGGGACUUUACAUCACAGACCAUGCACAGGGCAUUUAUGAGGAUAAUGAAAUCAGCAACAAUGCGCUGGCAGGAAUUUGGGUGAAGAACCAUGGUAAUCCCAUCAUUAGGCGUAACCACAUUCACCACGGACGAGAUGUAGGAGUGUUCACGUUCGAUCACGGCAUGGGUUACUUCGAAAACUGUAACAUUCAUAGAAAUCGCAUAGCUGGCUUUGAGGUGAAGGCAUACGCCAACCCUACGGUUGUUCGCUGCGAGAUCCACCACGGACAAACGGGAGGCAUCUACGUCCAUGAAAAGGGGCGAGGUCAAUUUAUAGAGAACAAAAUCUAUGCCAAUAACUUUGCUGGUGUUUGGAUCACAUCCAACAGCGACCCGACGAUACGGGGAAACGCUAUAUUUAACGGUAACCAAGGUGGAGUGUACAUAUUUGGAGACGGGCGGGGUUUAAUAGAAAGUAAUGACAUCUAUGGUAACGCCUUGGCUGGGAUUCAGAUCCGAACAAACAGCUGUCCCAUUGUAAGGCACAACAAAAUCCACGAUGGGCAGCAUGGAGGCAUAUAUGUGCAUGAGAAAGGCCAGGGGGUGAUAGAGGAGAACGAGGUUUACAGCAACACGUUGGCUGGAGUCUGGGUGACCACAGGAAGCACUCCAGUGCUCCGCAAGAACCGCAUCCACAGCGGCAAACAGGUGGGCGUGUAUUUCUAUGAUAAUGGCCAUGGGGUGUUGGAAGACAAUGACAUCUACAAUCACAUGUACUCUGGUGUACAGAUAAGGACGGGAAGCAACCCAAAGAUAAGGCGCAACAAGAUCUGGGGAGGGCAGAAUGGAGGGAUUUUAGUUUACAACUCAGGGUUGGGCUUCAUCGAGGACAAUGAAAUCUUUGACAACGCCAUGGCUGGAGUGUGGAUCAAGACAGACAGCAACCCCACGUUACGGAGAAACAAGAUCCACGAUGGCAGAGAUGGGGGCAUCUGCAUCUUCAACGGAGGCAGAGGUCUGCUUGAAGAGAACGAUAUCUUCAGGAACGCACAGGCUGGAGUUCUCAUCAGCACCAACAGCCACCCCACACUCCGCAAGAACCGCAUUUUUGAUGGUUUUGCUGCAGGUAUUGAAAUCACUAACCACGCAACUGCAACAUUGGAAGGCAACCAGAUCUUCAACAAUCGCUUUGGCGGGCUUUUUCUGGCCUCAGGAGUUAAUGUCACCAUGAAAGAUAACAAGAUUCAGAAUAAUCAGGAUGCUAUUGAGAAGGCGGUGAGCAGGGGACAGUGUCUUUACAAGAUCUCCAGCUACACUAGUUACCCUAUGCAUGACUUCUACAGGUGUCACACCUGUAAUACAACAGAUAGGAAUGCCAUCUGUGUUAACUGCAUCAAAAAAUGUCACCAAGGACAUGAUGUAGAGUUUAUACGACACGAUCGAUUUUUCUGUGACUGUGGAGCAGGGACGUUGUCCAACCCGUGCACCCUGGCUGGAGAGCCCACCCAUGACACAGACACUCUGUAUGACUCUGCGCCGCCCAUCGAGUCCAACACGCUACAGCAUAACUGAAGGGGUCCUCUCAAGCCAGCGCCCACAGAUGAGAAAACACAUUGCAUUACACAUAGCCAUACACACACAUACACAGUUCUAUACGUGCAUCCGCCUGCAGCUAUACGGACCCAGAGAGACACUGAGCGCAGCGCUCUCAGAUGGGACCCAAAUGGAAAAGGCUGCAGAGGAAGCGGCUUCAUCUGGCUGCAGCGGACCACUAGAGGGAGCUGUGGAGCUGACAAUAGACUUGGAACCUGUUCUGAGGAGCUUUUGAGGUCCACCUGGCGGCACUUAAAGCAUGAAGAUCUUCACACGGCUAAUCCUUCUGGCCCUCAAGAACUGCUGUUUUAAAGACUUCAUGCUUCCUCAUAGCUGCCAUCCUAUUGGUUUAAAAAAAAAUAAUGGAAAAGAUUGAUCGUGUGUGUGUGUGUGAGAUGGAGCACUUGGGCUUUAUUUUUUUUUUUAAAUAUAUAUAUGUUAUGAUGAAUGGAUUUUAUUUCAAUGCUUUCUCAUGUAGUUUUGUAUUUUCAAGCAAAAAGCUGACUGUAUUUGAAUGUCUUUUAUUUUUAUUAUAUAUUAUAAUAAUUAUUUUUUUUCUUUGGUUAGCGUCCCUCCCUAUUCCCCCCCACCAUGUCAAACUGCAGAAGCUGAAAAGUUCCAGUAGUGAAUUUCUUUCUGUGAAAGAGAACCUUGUUAAACACUAUAAACCCUCUCCUGUGAGUUAGUUUAAAUGGCAGUUGGAGCGGGUCCGCAUUUGUAUAAAGAGGUGUGUGUAAAUGUGUGUUAUGUACAGUGCAAAGUUUGUGUGAGUGUGUGUUUAUGUUGUUGCAGUCAGUGUUUUAUGGAGAGGGUUUCGAUAGGAGGCGCCACAGCUCCUUUUUAACUGGAACUAAAGUCAGUCUGCAGCCCCCUUCCCCGCCCCCCCAGUCCCCUCCCUGCCAGUGUAUCGUGGUGACUUUGGCUCCUCAUGCAGCCUGAAUCGUAUGCAUGUACCAUAACAUCUAGACUUAAUAUAUUGUGAAGUAUUCAAUAACCAUUAGUAGAUGCUAGUUGGAAUUCAAAAAGGGGUAUACUUUCUUAGAAAGACAAAAGAAAACUGAAAACUUGCCAUUUCUAAGAAAAUAAAAC